UUUAUUUUUUUCAUUUUAAUUUCAACUCCCUUUCUUGCGCUUUUCUACCUACUUAUCUUUAUAACCGGGAGUUCUUAACGCAACCUCCCCAAGGACCCCAACAGAUAGAUCAUCAUCAGGAAUUCGAUUGCCUUGUUUUGUGACUAAUCAUAACUUAGUGGCUUGAGAAGUAAUUAGUGUAAGUUAUUGAAGGUUGUAUCAAGUCUUUAGGAGUAAGGAUUACUGAAAUAAUUAUGGCGCUCGUUGGAGCUUUGUAGAGGGCUUGCCUUGUGUUUAAGUAUGUAGUUUUCAAUUUGUUAUAUAACUGGGCACUCAGAAGCUUCCAGUGGAUAAUUUCAGUACAGUACCUUCUUAUGUGAAUUCAAGAUGGCUGCUUUGAAACGAAGACUUAAUACUGAUUCAGAUAUUCAUGCCCUGCACAAAGAAUUGGAUGAGGUAUCAUGUCCUAUCUGCUUGGACCGUCCUCAUAAUGCUGUUCUACUCCUGUGCAGCUCAAAUGAGAAGGGCUGCAAAUCUUACAUUUGUGAUACGAGUUACAGGCACUCAAAUUGCCUGGACCAGUUCAAAAAAUCGAGGGGCAAUUCUAGGAGCAAUGUUACCUUGCAAAGUUCAAUGCCCAUCAACUCAGUCAGUUCUAGUACCACUACUGAUGCAAGUGUGACUUUGAGAAGUCAUGCCAUUGAUGGUAAUGAAAAUCACAAUCUAAAUGAGAUCAGCAAUGACACUUUUGUUAGACUGCCUGAAGAACUUGUAGAUUCUGAGUCUGUUCAGGAAAGGAUUGAACAUGGAGGGGUUAAUGCGAACUCACCAGAGUUAAGUUUGAGUCCCGGUUGCCCUUUAUGCCGAGGAACCAUACUAGGCUGGGAGGUGGUAGAUGAGGCUAGAAAAUAUCUAAACUUGAAGAAGCGAAGUUGCUCCCGGGAAUCUUGCUCAUUCUCUGGAAACUACCAAGAAUUGCGUAGACAUGCCAGGAGGGUUCACCCAUCUAUCCGGCCCUGUGACAUUGAUCCAUCUAGGGAACGAGCUUGGAGAUGCCUUGAGCACCAGAGAGAAUAUGGUGAUAUUGUCAGUGCUGUCCAUUCAGCUAUGCCAGGUGCUGUUGUGGUUGGUGAUUACAUAAUUGAAAAUGGAGAUAGAUUAUCAGUUGAAAGGGAAAGCAGGACAAAUGAAGUCAAUGCACCAUGGUGGACUACUUUCUUUUUUUUCCAGAUGAUUGGUUCAAUUGAUGGUGCAGCUGAACCAAGGACCUGGUCAAGGGCUUGGACUAGGCAUCGCCAAUCUGCCGAAACUUUAGCUGACCGCCGGUUCCUUUGGGGUGAGAAUUUGUUGGGUCUACAUGACAAUGACGACGACGACAACAACAACAACAACAACAACGAUGGUUAUUUGCAUGUAUUAGGCAAUGCUGGUGAAGAUGCAUCUCCAAUCCCAAGAAGGCGCCGGCGUUUGACUCGGUCAAGGUCCAAUGAUCAUUCAUGAGAAACGAUGACAUAUUUCUGGUAAAUCUCCAGUUUGUUGACAACUUUGAUAUCUACUGGAAUUGUGUCACUGGUUGCCUUCAGCUGACACAAUUGGUAUGCCCUACUGUUCCAGUAAUAUGCAGAAAACUGUCUUUUAAUGCAUGCAGCGCCACUUGUUGAUUAAGAAUCAGAAUGUUGGAAACCUGCUAGUGGAGUGAUGGUUAAGCUGGAAAAGCUUGUUCAACAAUUCAUAAAUUUGAGUUGGAUUCUGCGCAGUCACCUUUGAUGGUAUAUUUCUAUUUGAUUCAGAAUUGGAUUUCAUGCUUUGUAAUAUAUAUAAUGGAUUGUUCUUGCAUUGUAUAAAACACAUGGAUUGUUUCA